AUGUCGAGAAGGAAAGGAGUGUCCCUCGAUGAGAAACGUAUGAGAAUGCUUCAAAUAUUUUACGAGAAAAGGGAAUUCUUUACUUUAAAGGAAGUUGAAAAAAUUGCAUCUAAAGAAAAAGGCAUUGUAGUGCAAUCUGUGAAAGAUGUACUUCAAGCGUUGGUAGAUGACGGAUUGGUUAGAUCAGAAAAAAUUGGUACUUCCGUAUAUUUUUGGACUUUUCCUGGAGAAAAUAUUACUGCAAUAGAGCAAAGAAUAUCCGAAGCUUCUAAAAAGAUAGUAGAGGCAGAAUUUAAACUAGAAAAGUUAAAGCAAGCUUGCGCAAAAGAAAAGAUAGGAAAAGAAGAUACGGAAGAGAGGCAACUUUUGUUGCAAGAAUUAGAAGAAUUAAAGUCGAAGGAGGAUCAGUUGAAAAAGCAAAUCGCUAAAUUUAGCAACGCGGACCCGGAAGUUAUAGCUAAGCUCGAAGAAAAAGCACAGGAAUAUAAAGACGCCGCCAACGUAUGGACGGACAAUAUUUUUGCGAUUCAAAGCUGGUGCAAAAAUAAAUUUGACAUUUCGGAACAGACAUUGAACAAACAGUUUAACAUUCCCAACGAUUUAGAUUAUAAAGAAUAGAAAAGCGACAUGCGAGAUAAAAGGAAGGAAAAUUUCAUUGUGUAUUCGUUGCUGUUUUAAUGCAUGCAUCGCGUGCGUCAUAGACUAUAGCUAUACAAGAAAGUCGAUAUAGUUCAAUUUAGUACCCAUCACUUGCCG